UGGACCCUAUUUCCUUCAAAACAUUGAUGGAGAAAGAGUUCCUUUUACUCCAUCACUUGGUAACGUGUUUAGCUUCAAUGGGAUUUUGUUCCUUAAUGUGUUAUUGGUUUUCUGCGGCUUGAAUCAGUGUGUCUCUCAGGGUCCUAAGGACACACUGGUGAAAUGGUUUCUCGGUGGAAGUAGAGACCACGAUAAACUGCGAUAGCUCGAGGGGGAAACUGGAUGCACGUGAACUUUUUUUUUUAUUCGGUUUUAUUCCAAUGCUUUGCAAGAAGACUGUUUGAGUUAUCAGCUUUGUUUUUCAAGUGUAGCGCGAUUUCUGCGUCUCUCAGGAGUACGAAAUGCAACAAAUUCCUCUUUGGAAAGUGGAAGCGACGGGAAAUGUAUAGUUCUUUGAAGAUUGUUUGGAUUACAGUAAUAGAUAUAUAAAGCUGUGUCAGCGAUUUCUCGUGUUUGUAGCUGAAGAAGAGAAAGGGAGCUGUUUAUGAAAGGAUAACCGACCUUACUGGCUUAGCAUGCUUCGAUCAUCUAGUAUUUAUUUAGUAAUAUUCUUCUGGACGCUUGUUUUCAUUGUCAACGCGGUACUAAAGAACUACCGCAAGUAUUCCCGUCGAUACAAAGAGUUUCUGGAAGACCAUGGCAUUACUAUGUCACUUUGCCAGAUUCGCUGGUACACCACACAGCUCAAUCGCUGGUUCAUCUGGUUUGGCCGUCUUCACCCGUAUCUUUUACACCUGUGGUUUAGCUUAGGAGUGUUUGUAGGUGUUGGACUCAUGGCAUUAUCGGUAAUGGUACUCUCGUUGACUCUGUAUCAAGCAUUCACCAAGGAGGCCCCGGAACAAGUUUUAACACCAGUUAUGCCUGGGGUGAACCUGCCAUGGAGUCAGUUAAUGUAUUACCUCAUAACCCUGGCAGUCAGCGGAGUUUUCCAUGAGAUGGGUCAUGCAGUUGCUGCCGUCAGAGAGCAGGUGCGUGUAAACGGCUUUGGCAUGUUCUUUAUGGCCAUCUACCCUGGUGCAUAUGUUGAUUUGUAUACAGACCACCUGACGAUGAUCUCUCCAAUCAGACAGCUCAGGAUAUACUGUGCAGGGGUCUGGCAUAAUGUCAUCCUUGUGUUGCUAGGGCUGUUGUUGCUAUGGUCACUACCUUAUUUACUAGUGCCGCUCUAUAUGGCAGAUCAAGGAGCAGUGGUCACUAAAGUGUCGAGGAACUCACCAGUCUUUGGGAGUAUCAACAGGGGAGACACAAUCUACUCAGUCUAUGGCUGCCCAGUUAACAACAAGAAUGACUGGAUACAAUGUGUGUCUAGAACUCUAAACUCACCACAACAUGGCUACUGCAGCAACAUGUUUACCGUAACUAGACAGAACUCCUCACAAGGAGGAAGUUUUACGGAUGGUGUCUAUGAAUGUUGUGGUAACCUGACUACCUCAUCAAGGCUCUGCUUUAGAUAUGAGUCAAUAAAAAGUGAAAAGGGCUAUGCUUGUCUUGCGGCUCGUAGCAUCAUGCAGGCAUCUCAGUUCUGUAGCUUACCUGAGCACUGCCAUGGGCCUGGUAAUAAAGCUUGUGUUCAUCCAUCGCUUGACAACUCCAGUCGACUGAUCAGGGUACGGCGACUUGGUGGCCCUGAUGUACUAUAUGUGGGGGACCCUAUAUUACUUCAGUACACAGUUGCUGUUGUUAACUACUCACCUCGAAGUCCCAUCCUACCUAUGGAACUCCCAACUAUCAUAGAAACAUUCCUAAUAUAUUUAAUUUCUCUAUCAGGAGCGCUAGCACUGCUAAACAUUGUGCCGUGUUACUCGCUGGAUGGCCAGUGGGCCCUGUUUGCUCUUGUGGAUCAUACUCUAGGGAACAUUAUACCGAAUGAAGACCAAAGAAGCACUUUGUGCACAGUUAUAUUGACAAUGGGAACUUUGUUACUUGCAGCUAAUAUCACUCUUGCAUUAUGGACCCUUGGAAGCGUCUGAUUCAUGAGAGCCACCCCAUGGGGUUUUGGGACCACCAAUCUCUAAUACUCCUCACACCCCGGAAUUUUCAAAACCCUCUCUGGAAUCAUACAUUUUUUUCUGUGCCAUUGUAGCGGCCGAACGUGUUUUAGGUUAAAUUGACAGUGCACUUUGUCUUUUUACCAAAUAAAAGCUGGAGGGGCGGAUCUAGCUUUCCGCUCAAGGCGGGGUUUGGUUCAGUGACAAAGGGGGGAGGGGGUAAUUUUGUUUUGUUGCAUAUGGCUUUCUGCCAGCCCAAGAGGGGGGGGGGGGGGGGGGUUAAACCCCCCUAACCCCUCCCCCCAGAUUCGCUACUAAGCUGGAUGUCGGAAAAAACUGCAUCAAGUAGGGCCAUAGAGUUUUGCCAUUCUUCCUAUAUACAGUACGGCUGAUUUUGGAAACCCACAUGAGAAGACGCAAAUCGGAAAAACGGUAUCGGGAAAUGACAUUAUUAUUAUUAGCAAGUUGAGGCUAUUUUGGAGGGCUUGUAAAGUACAAACUUUGUACUCAUUGUUUCAUAAAAAAAUGAACUGUAAUAAAAGUUAAUAAAUUCUCAAAAGUAUGUCAAACAUAUACACAGUCACAUAUUGGGUUGUUCGGGAUUUUUUUACGGAAUAAAAUGUAGUAAUAUAA